AUGUGUGUGCCCAAUUCUGUUGGUUCCCAGACAGAGGUGUCUUGUUUAACAAGUCUUGCAUGUGACACAGACGCAUAUAUCAAUCUGCAUAGCAUGAGCCCGAGCCCGAGCCUGAGCCUUUUUUGUCGUAUUCGUAUACAGAGAGUUCCAUACUCGAAGCGAAUCCGUAUGUUCACAAUCUCCGACGAAUUGGAAAGAUGGUAUGCACAGCAUUGCUGGGAGAAUAUGGGGAAGAAAAACAAAGACAGAAUACUUGGUGCAACACACCCACACAGUGUUCGUGCGCAGUCCAUAUUGAGAAACAUAGUUCAAGGAAUGCACACUGGUUUAGAGCUUAAACGUGACUGCAGUGUUUCAGGGUAUGGAUCGGAAGGCACUUUACUUGUAUCAAGGUUACACCAGGAGGAGAGCCAAACGAGGCCUAAGACAUCUAUCAUAAAAUUUGGGACUAUGCAUUUGGAAGGAUUGAAUUGGCAAGUGGUGGCGGUGGAUUCUUCUGAUAAAAAUGCUGCGUACCUCUCCAACGGGAAGAUUGUUAUUUCUACUGGGUUGCUUGACAUCCACAAUUCAGAUGCAGAGAUAGCAGCCGUUCUAGGACAUGAGGUUGGGCAUGGUGUGGCAUGCCAUGAAUCAGGAUACUGCACGGCUUGUGGCCUAGUAUGCCUGAUAUCUCGCAUGCCGAUACUCGCAAUGAUAGCAAAAGGAGUGCUUAUGUACAUAUCACGGAGGCAUGAAUUGGAAGCGGAUUACAUUGGAUUAAUGUUAAUGGCUUCAGCUGGUUAUGACCCUGAAGUUGCACCAACAUUUUAUGAGAUGCUUGAUGAUUCUGAAAAGAAUUUGUUAUCAACUCAUCCAUCCGGAGAGACGAGAGCUAGGUCGCUGAACAAAAAUAAAGUGAUGGGAGAAGCACUGGAAAUAUACAAGGGAGUGAGGUCUGGAAACAGGGUGAAGUGCUUUGUUUAA